CAAACAACUGCUCAAGGUUCAGUCAUUCAGUUUUUCACAGCCUUUACACAAAAAAUCAAGACCUCUCAAAUUUAAGUUGGUAUGCACACCAUCGUUCUGUUGGUGUUGUGGGUGCUGGGAACACCUCUGGUGUUGCCAGACCCCAACACAGAUGUAGAGAGAGGGACAGAAGAGCCUAUUCCGUGCUCUAGAGGAUGCACCUGUAUGCAUGAGGACUACAGCUUGGAGCUCAACAUGUACUGCAGUGCUCGGAACUUCACACAAGUGCCAGCUGACAUGCCUACAUCCGCUCACUCCAUCUGGUUGAAUGAAAACUUGUUCACCUCACUCCCAGCCUCGUCUUUUAAGGAUCUUACAAACCUGGACUUUCUCAACCUUCAGAACGGCCAGUUGGUGACGAUAGACCCUCAAGCUUUCAAAGGACUCAGGUCACUUGCGCACAUUCACCUUGAGCGAAAUCGACUGCGGGCAUUACCAGCUACAGUCUUCCAGAAUACACCUUACCUUGCGUCGCUUAGUCUGCACAACAACCAGCUCACUCGUAUCGAUGAAAGACUGUUUGCAGGACUUUCACAGAUGUGGCUUCUCAACCUGGGCUGGAAUUCAAUAGCUAUUCUACCUGAGACAGUUUUUCAGGAUUUGCAUGGUCUACGCGAGCUCAUUCUUGCUGGGAACAGAAUCCCUUAUCUGCAGCCACAGCUCUUCCAAACUCUUGUUGAGCUGAAAGAGUUGGAUCUGUCUGGAAAUAACCUCAGGGUCAUCAAAGCAAAUGUGUUUGUUAAACUCACCAAACUGCAAAGACUCUACCUUGCCCAGAAUCAGAUUGUGACAGUCGUACCAAGAGCCUUUGUAGGCAUGAAGUCACUGGGAUGGCUGGAUCUCACUAACAACAGACUGACGUCCCUCCAUGACGACACCUUCAUGGGCCUGCACAGUCUUCAUGUCCUGCGUCUUUCUAAUAACUCCAUCACUGGAAUUAGACCCAGGACUUUCCGUGAUCUGCUGUACUUGGAAGAGUUACAGCUCAGCCACAACAAAAUCCGAGCCCUUGGAGAGAGGAUCUUUGAAGGACUUGGACAUCUGGAGGUCCUGGAGCUUCAGCACAACCAAGUACAAGAGGCUCAGGUAGGCAGUUUCACAGGUCUCUCUCAUGUGGCUGUCAUCAACCUGUCUGGAAGCUGCUUCCACAGCCUGCCAGACCAAGUGUUCAGAGGUUUACCAAAGCUCCACAGCCUCCAUCUUGACAGAGGCUGCCUGACAAGGAUCACAACUCAAGCUUUCAUCGGACUUUCUAGUCUACGGAGACUUUUCUUGCAGCACAACAACAUCUCAGUGGUGGAGCGUCAGAGUUUUGCAGACCUAGUUGACCUACGAGGACUGGACUUAAGUUUCAAUAGGUUGGAGGUUCUCACACCCCAUACGUUUUCUGGUAUUAAGAAUUUAGAGUACCUGGUCUUGUCCAACAACGAAUGUCGGCAGUUUUUGCAGAACGGCACAAGGCAGCUGCUCCCAAGGUUGCGCUAUUUGGACCUAAGGGCUAACGUUUUAACAAGCUUGGUCCCUGAUUUCCCAGAAAGCAUGGAAAAACUUUUGCUGUCUGGGAACCGCUGGAGGUGUGAAUGCAGCGCCCUUCCACUCAGAAACUACAGCUUAAGAAGAUCAUCAGUGAUACCUCGGCAAGUGGAGACCCAUGCAGAGGGUGAAGAACCAGACACAACCAUCACCAUAUACAACAACAUCACAUGCACCAGCCCACCACGACUAGCUGGGCAGGACCUGCGGGAUGUAGAUAGUGAACACUUCCAAAGCUGCUAGAGAUACUGUACAUGCUCACAUGUGCAAGGAAGUGGUUGGUAUCAAAGAGACUAUACUGAUUUUCUGUAAUUAGAAAAAAAUCAUUCAGACUUAAAAUUUUAAAUGUAAAUGUCAUAAAUUUCUGAUAUCUUUGGAAUGCUUUCUAUAGCUACUGCUAUGUUGACUCAAUUGCAUUAAAAUCUGUCUACCCAUUUAUCUAUCUAUCAUACUCGUAUUUUUUGUUUUUAUGUUUGAUGUUUAUUAUUAAUGGAUCCCAUCUGUAGAAUCUGCAUAAACUGUUCUACCAGUUAUUUUGAGGAAUGGCAUGAUAUUUUCUUUUUUUCUAAAUGACCAAUCUAGCACCUUUUUUUGCUUUGGCUUUAUGGAAUCAUAAGACUAUUUGUUUUAAAAUGCUACAGAUACUAAACAGUAACCCUUCUGGCAAAAUGUACUUGUUUAAAUCUUCCUUAAUCCACUUACAAUGUGUUGUAAUUUUAUUUAUAUUGCCCUUGGACAUUAAAAUUGAUUAUACUUCUGA